AUGACGACUUCGAAGGACAAGGGUAAGAGAGUCCAAGAGAUUGAUAACGGUACGACACAGAGCUACAAGAUGAGGUUUCUGAAGCCAGUAAUAAGGCCUUCAAUGUUCAAACUGUCAUUACCUAUAACUCCCGAUGAGCUACCAAACCGUACCCCCUACCUAGACCUGGUUGUGCCUGACGGAAGGAAUAACCCCUGUCGGUGCUUCUGGACGCAACUCCAAAGUGGCAAAAUUGCAUUGACUCGAGGCUGGGAGGAGUUCUAUCAGAUGUACAAAAUCAAUCUGGACUCCAUGCUAUAUUUCACACACAAAGGAAACUCCACUUUCCAAGUCAGGAUUUUUGAUUUUGGUAGCAUUGAGAACUCGUACCAACUCCGUGAUCCUAAAGAACCACCAUAUGUAAGGACUGGUAAUUAUGAAAUUGCAAAGUGUAUCAACAUCCCUCCCUCAGCCAGUGCUAGAGCGGUUGCCGCAAAGGUUAAAAGCAAGUGGCCUUUCUUUGUGAUGGACUUAACUGCUCGCAUGAUGUCGUCGCGAUUAUUGCCGAACGUCCCUCAUCUCAGUCACUUCACUGGUCAGAGGCACCCUCUCAUCUUCACACAUGGCCACAUACAGGUCGAAGCUACAUAUACAAGGUACAGUGGAAAAAGGGAUGGCAGCUUCGGCGUUAUUUCUGGAGGAUGGGAGAACUUUGCUUCAUUUUGCAACUUCAAGCCAGGUGGCGUGGGUGUCUUCGAGGUGAUAUCAACGGAGCCAGUGACGAUCAUCCAGAUCAAAGGAUAUAGAUUGAAUGGGAUGUUGACAAGGGGCGAGGAUGGUGGAUGCAGGGGACAUGCUUGGCAGAGCUCUGCAAGCUUGCAUGCCAAUUUUGUUGAUGGGGGAGCCGGCUGA